UCCUCACGUACUUCACCUUGUGCGGUGCACCAGCUUCUUGAGCUCUCAGAUCUGCAGGGAGAGGAACGCUAGGCAUAGGUGCUUCUCGUACCUAUACGUGUAAUGACACGACAAAUAAGGGUUUAAAAAGUCCAACGACCCGUCCCAUAUUCCUUUCUUCUUUAGCGUUCAGGAUCCGAAGGAGGGGCACCAUGACAACUGUGGCUCAAAAGAUGCUCCAGACCUGCAACAAGCUUUUCUUUAGAAAAACACAAAAUGAUGUUUCAGAGGGGCAUCCAUCUAACAUUGAGACGGCCGCACAGAUGGACAACAUCCAACAUUUGUCUAGUCCUCCCAAUCCCUGUGUGGAGGCUGCCAGAGAGCACAUUCACCAUGUGGAGGCAGUGAUGGAGAGGGCCCACCAUGGGGGUGGAUGGCUUCUGUCAGGCAUCAUCUGCAUCAACAUCCUGAUAUUGGGAUGUGCUCUGGUUAGCGGAAGCGCCUUCAACAGCGUGGCCAUUACUGCUGUGCACAGGCAAAUCUUCCUCAUAAUCCUCCUCCUCCUCACAAUGUUGUGGAUGCUGUUUUACACAGUGGUUACCUGUCGGAAGGACCAAGCAGUGUUGUUUAAAGAUAGUCAUGCAGGGCCUGUGUGGCUACGAGCUGGACUUGUGCUGUUUGGGCUUCUCAGUCUCCUCAUGGAUAUCUUCAAGAUUGCCACCUAUGUGGGCUACCUUCACUGUGACUCUGCUGUGAAAGUGGCUUUCCCUGUGGUGCAAGCUGUGUUUCUUUUCGUUCAGACUUACUUCUUAUGGAUCCAUGCAAAGGACUGUGUGCAGCUACACACCAACUUCACUCGGUGUGGGCUCACACUCACUCUUUCAACUAACCUGGUGGUGUGGAUGGCAGCUGUGACUGAAGAAUCUCUUCAUCAAACUGAGAUUCCUGAGCUGAAUGUUAAUGUCUCACACAAGAUGUACAGAGCCAGUUAUGGUGAAAAGAAGUGUAAAUGCAAUCUCUCAGCAUGCGACACCUUCAAAGAGGCUUUCUACUACCUGUACCCCUUCAACAUAGAGUACAGCCUCUUUGCUUCAGCUAUGGCCUAUGUCAUGUGGAAAAAUGUUGGCAGACUUGUGGAGAAUCACAGCCACCCCCAUGCAAAAUUUAGUCCAAAGGAAGUGUGUGUUGGACCUUUGACAGGAAUACUCCUGGUGGUGGCAGGACUUGUAACAUUCAUAAUUUACGAAAUGGACAUACUAGAAGAGGACGAGGGGAACAGAAACAGGGCCCUGCUGAUUCAUUUCAUCAUGAAUAUAGUGAUCGUGAGUCUGAUGUCCCUCUCCACCCUGAUUGGCUGCAUCAUCUACAGGCUGGACCACAGAGAGCAUGUGUCUGAGAAGAACCCCACUCGCAGCCUGGACGUGGGGCUGCUGGUUGGAGCCUCCAUGGGCCAGUUCAUUAUCAGCUACUUCAGCAUUGUGGCAUUGGUGGCCACAGGAGCAAGAGGGUACCUGAAUGCCCUCAACCUGUCAUGGGCUGUGCUGACAGUGCUCCAGCUCGGGCUGCAGAACUACUUUAUCAUUGAAGGCCUUAAUCGGGAGCCUUUCCACGUUAUGCAGGAAGCAGCUCUGCACACAAAUGCUUGUGCCUCCCAGGAACAUGCAGAGUUGAGCACUGUAAUGGAAAUCAAUACGUCUAGCUACUACCUCACUGUAAGUAAGAAUAAGCCAAGCUGGAAGAGGAGAGUACUGAAGGAAGUCUGUGCCUUUCUGCUGCUUGCGAACAUCAUUCUGUGGAUCAUGCCUGCCUUCGGUGCACGUCCCCAGUUUGAUCAUCCCAUUGAGAUAAAGUUCUACAAAUUCACCAUGUGGGCUGCUAUUGUGAAUAUUGGACUGCCUUUUGGAAUUUUCUACCGCAUGCAUUCUGUCGCAAGUCUCUUUGAAGUGUACUUAAUUUCCUAGACAGUUUGAGUUGUUACAUUUUUUAAAUAUAAUGGUCUAGUUUUUUUAUUCUCUUUUAUUUUUAUACCAUUUUAUAAAACUUAUGUAAAGAAAUAUUUUAUUGUAUUUAACUUGAUAUAUUAAAUUAUGUGUAAAUAAAUCAUGAUCAAAUCGUU